AUGUCGAACUUCAGUUGCCUCGACGAUCACGUCACCGUCGCGUGCCUUAACCUCAUCGAAGCCAUAAUAACGAUCGCUAGCAUGCUCACCGUUAUGCUGAUAAUUAUCCUUGGUAAUUUACUUGUUGUGGUUACCGUGUACUGCGAUCGUAAGCUACGUUUACAACGACAGAAUUGGUUGAUUAUUUCAUUAGCAUUGGCUGACUUAUUAGUAGGAUUGCUGGUCAUGCCAUUGACGCUCAUCUAUGAAAUCAUAGGCGAAUGGAAAAUGGGGAAUGUACUCUGUGAAAUGUGGCUAGCGCUUGACGUACUUUUUGUUACUGCGUCAAUUCUACACAUAUGUGCUAUAUCGCUGGACCGAUACUUUUCUGUGACGUCACCGCUCACAUAUCCAUCGAAACGAACACCCACACGAAUGUUUGUCUAUAUUGGCGUUGCAUGGGUGGUAUCGUUGUUGAUCUGUUUGCCACCAAUUUUCGGCUGGAGACCUGAACGACGCCCUGGCGAGUGUGCAGUUAGCACGGAUGUUGGUUAUGUCCUGUACUCGUCUUUGGGUUCAUUCUACAUUCCUGUCAUCAUACUUGUACUUGUAUAUGCACGAAUCUACAGUAUCACCAUUAAACAUAGCCGCCAACGUUUAAAGGAGACUGAACGAAGGGAUCAGACUUUGAGUCUGCUAACUGCCAAGCCAAGUAGGUAUUUCGAGUUGUCGAAUUGGAAUUGCUUGAAGAGAAUUCAGACGGAGAUGACAAGGAACAUCAUGCAAACAAGGUUCAUACAUAUAUUUUCUUUUGGAUUACUGGUUUCUGAGCAUAGAUUGUAUUUGGAGUUGGAUUUGUAUUCGUUUUUGAUUCAAUUUGUGAUGUAUGUGAUCGGAGCGUUUGGAUACGAAGCCCCGGCCGUCGUAUUCAAAUUCUUCUUCUGGCUCGGAUACUGCAACUCCGGUAUCAAUCCUGUCAUUUACACUGUCUUCAACAGGGAAUUCAAACGUGGUCUAUGCCGUCAAUUACACAAGUUCGAGCGCUACCUACGAUCCUUAACGGACUUCUACAAGUAG